ACCUAACAAUUUGAUUGUUAAUAAAUUAUCAAAACCAGAAUAAAAUACAGCAUUUUAGCAAGUAUAUCGUUAAGUCUCGCUGUUCGAUCGGAGUUGUGGUGGCUUUAGGAAUAGUGAUCAAAACAAUUUGUUGAGAAGAAAGCAUACUAAUUUCUCUAUGCGAAGUGCUCUACUUACAUGUCUGUGAAUAUACGAUUUAUGAUUGCUAUAACCCAGGUAACCAAUAAGCAUUAAUAUAAGCAGUUAAUCAAUCGCUUAUUAGCAUCCUUGGCGUUUUAUACUGCAGGUUGCUGUUUAUCAGCCUUUUGACUGCGUAACUGUUGUAAAUUGGCAUCCACAAUUCUAUUUAAAUUCUUCUUGUCGGUAACUAGCUGCAAAUAAGCAUUGUUAGCACUAUAAGAGGGUUAGCGGUAAAGUAGCCGCAUAUUUUGCCAAAAUAGCAUUUAAGUAGCAUUUAAGGCAACUUAAACGCUUAUUGGCUUGCUUUUAAAUUGCAUUGGAAAUGCUUAUUGGUUACCUGGGAAGUUUGAUAACUAAAACUGCUAUUUAUCGGGUGCAAAAUUGUUUAUACAAAAGUGAUGUUUACGGUUGUUCAAUUCAUUUAUAAGCAAGAAUUACACGUUCUGACUGUGCCAUUGAGCUGGAUUAGUGGCGACUCGCUGAUGCUGCCGGAAUCGUUAGACGAUUUUGUAGAAAGGUUGCGUGUCCAAGGAAAUCCUUACAAUGGCCCUACAAAAAUGGUUCCAGCAAUUGUCGGUGAACAAUAUGAAACCUUCGGCGAAGCGGUAAAUGCAGCAUCGUCGUUAGACCCAAUCGUCAGAAACAUUACUAAUAGUAUUUUAAUGGAUCAAAACCAUGAUCAAGAGAGUCACAUUGAUAUGUUGAUUGACAUGCCAUCAGAUCCUCAGGCAGUCCAACAUGCUUCUCUAAAGCUUGAAGCGGAUGAAUCUAUAUUCUCCUACGAUAGUGAAUCCACCCCAGAGGUCGAUACUAAUAACAGAUCUAUAGAACAAUCGGAUGGACUUACUCGUGCAGAGCUAAGAAAAGAACUAAGCUAUUUGAAGGAAGACCUAAGAAUCAUGAUUCAGACAGCAGUCCGGACAGCAGUCGAGGAAUGCUUCCAGGCUGAUAGGGACCGUUUUGCGGCACCCAUGUGGAGGCCGGUAAAGGCUUACAAGCGCCCUCUCCAGCUAGACAUGCCGGUAGAAACACGAAAACCCAUAGAAACCGAAGAGCAGCUUGCACAGUGGAACGUGGAAUUGGCAGACGAAUUCCUUUGUGAAAAAUACUAUAAGUAUUUUUCCAAAAUUGUCACCCCGAACUCGUGCGUCGGAGACGGUGAUAACGCUUGCUAUACAAUCGUCGAUUGCCUAUUUACACGAUCUUUUUGGAAUCUUUUCACAUGGACCGGCAUUAAUCGAGGACAGAAGUCACAACGUGGUUUUCGAGAGUUCGGAAACGUAACUCAACUGUUGGUUAACAUUGUCUGUAUUGGUGAUCCGACGUACACGUCUCAUAAGUUGGAAAAUUUUUGCAAAACGCGACUCUUUCGACACUCGAAAUCACGAGCUUUAGCGAAAAAAAUGCGCCGUUCUGCUUGUCGUCCGGGUCGUAUGCGGGCGGUUGAACAAGGAAAGGCUGAUUCCGAGUGAACGCUUCAUUCAGCCGCUAUCCAAUUUGAUGGGAAAACGACUGAAUAGAGAAAUCCUGUACAUACAGUCCUACUAGCUACUAGCUAGGCAUAUCCUGCAUUCCGAUCUGAAAUGACUCUGAACAAUGAUUUUGCGCAUUCGUCAUCUGUGUAGUACAUGUUGUCAACGAAGAUCAUUGACAAUGGCAGCCAAAAAUGGCUUGUAUAUUGCAAUAAAGUAUGAUUUUGGAAAACGAAAUUUUAAGACAAUCAUACUAAUAAUAAACGUAGUUGGAGCUAAUAAAAUUCACGAAU